AUGAUCCUCCCCAACCUCGCCAUUCUAUUGUCGGUCUCUUCUGCUGUGUGGCUUGUCGCAGCUGCUCCUACACCUCCUCAUUAUGUGGAUGAUUCCUCACCGUUGUCUCUGUGGCACAUCUCAACUGCUGACCCCGACCUGGCCGCAGAGCCAUAUGCGUGGUCCCUCUAUAGCACGGAAGAACCUGAGCCUGUGCUUGCCACUAGAAUCACUGAAAGACCCAGAUAG